AUGGCUGGAUUAAGAGGAGCUCUUGCUCUGCUCGCCUUGGGCGGCGCAGUGCGAGCGUCACCAUUUGCUGUGUCCAAUGGCACAAACACAAUUACAGACCCCCCAACAGCCACCGGAGGACCGAGCACUCCAACUCAGCCUGCGGAUGUCACCUGCGGCACCAUCAGCAGCUUUCCUGCCAUUGUUCUUCAAGAGUAUGAAGGCCUCUCAACAGAUCCGGCGUUGCAGUGCCAAUGUCUGAUCUCGGUAAACAACUGGCUGUCCACAACCAACCCUCCGACGAGGACCCUCACCAGGACCAUCGGAACUGGCGUCACCACUUUCACUGAAGUGACUGGCACCACCACAGAGGUGGUGACAACCGUCGUAAACACCGUCGAGACAGCCACAGUCACCGAAAACUUCAUCCUCCCUCAGAGCAAUGUGUGGUAUGGAUCCGCGGAGCCGCCAUGUUGUUACAGCUGCACAAUUGCUGCCUCCACGGUAGAGGUAUUCUACUGGGCUGAUCCUACUGGCACGACGCCCCUGGCCACCUCAUUCACGUCUGCUGGCAUCGUCUUCGAGUCCCCUUCCGUCUACAUCGGAUUCUCAGCUUUGUCUGCCUAUGACUACUGCGGUACUGUUGGAGAACCCCGGUUCAACACGACGGUUGGAUUUGCUCCCGGCGAACUGUCUACUAUGGUCUUUUCUCUUGUGACUGGAACACCCGUUACUGUUGGAACCAUCACCGGCGGCACCACGAUAAAUAGCUUGAGCACACCAUCUUUUUACUCUCCUGUUGGGUCUGCUGAACUCAACACGGCGGAUCUGAAGAGGAACUGCUCCACCAUUGCCGGCUACACUUAUAUCCCCGGCAACCCCUCCAAUGCCAUCAACGGUUCCCCUGAUCCUUGCCACCCCACUAUUGUGAUUCCCGAUCGAAUCCGAAGCUUGGAUCCGGCCUGGAAGUCUUGCAUCUCCGAUGCCUUCCAAGGUUUCUACGACCCUCCCUCGGCUCUCAGCUCUGUCACGGCCUUGGUCCCUACAACUACUCCGCCGCCUCCUCCCCCUACGACCACGCCUCCCAGCUCUCGAAGCACCAGCGCUGCUGGGCCAUCCUCAACACCGCCGCCGCCUCCCCCGAAGACGACGAGUUCAGCUCCUCCUCCUCCUCCACCGCCGCCGCCUUCCACAUCUGAUGCUGGCAACCCUCCUCCCUCGGGUCCUACAUCUACCAGCGCCUCUCCUCCUCCUCCACCUCCACCACCUCCACCUCCGGCUUCGAGUUCAUCCCAGCCUGGCGGAGGUGCUAGCAGCCCUCCUCCUUCGUCAAGCUCGCCUGCAGGUGGCAACAAUCCCCCUCCCGCGAGCUCCUCGAAUGGAGCGGGCAACGGUGGUGGUAACAGUGUCACUCCCUCCAGCCCUUCCACCCCCUCUGGUACUCCAGGUGGCGGCAACGGAGGCGGAAACAACGGAGGCGGUAACGGCGGUGGGAACAACGGCGGCAAUGGAGGUGGUAACAACGGCGGCGGUAACGGAAGCGGCAACGGUGGUGGUAGCAAUGGAGGCGGUAACAAUGGAGGCGGUAGCGGAGGAAACGGAGGCUCUAACGGAGGCGGCAAUGGAGGAGGCAGCGGAGGCAACGGAGGCAACAAUGGCGGUAACGGAGGAGGCAAUGGUUCACCUCCUGGCGGAAACAACGACAACAACAACGCCGGCGGUACUACUACUGAAGGCCCUGGAAGCACGCCUCCAGCUUCAAGCGAGAUUCCUCCCUUUACCGAGAACUCUCAGUCUCAAAUCGUCUUUGGCUCUUCGACCUUGAGCCCCGGAGGACCUGCAAUUACUGUCGGUGGCAACACCUUGUCAUUGCCCACCUCGGGAUCUUCAAUUGUUGUCAACGGCAACACCGUCCCCCUCUCCGAAACCUCUCCCGCCUCUCCUGGAGAGUCUGGCUCUCCUGGCUCUCAGGAGACUUCCACUCCCGGCUCUCAGGAGACUUCCGCUCCCGGUUCUGGGGGCUCGCCUGGAGGCUCUGAGUCCAGCACUACCGCCUCGGCAGGGCUGCCAACGAACUCAAUCCCUACCGUUCCUGGGAACGCAGCGCCUGGACUGUUUUCGGGCGCAAUGAGAAGCAUCAAGGCAGUUGCCGUCGUUAUGCUUGUUGCAUUUUACUUCUAA